AUGGUUGUCCCUAAGGCUAAAGUACCGGAUGUUCUACAGCUGUACCAUAGUGGUUGUUCAGGAGGCCACCUGGGAGUUAAACGAACUCUACUGAAGAUCCGAGAAAGGUUUUACUGGGUCCACUGUCGUGACGAUGUCGACGACUGGUGCCGCAAAUGUAAAAGUUGCGCGGCUGUAAAGGGACCUCAAAUUCGUAGUAGAGGCGCAUUGAAACAUGCAUUGCACAUACAACCGUUUUUGUUGUCAUAUCGAAGCGCUGUUCACGAAAGUACAUCAGUGACACCAGCUUUCGCAAACUUUGGAAGAGAAUUGCGGCUGCCUGCAGACUUGAUCACCGGAAUACCACCAUGCAAGUGA